AUGAUACUAUGGAGCUGGAUUAUUAACCUUUUGCUCACUCUAUUCACCUUCAGUAUACAUGCUUCAGCAGAGGAUGGUGGCUCCUUAACAAUUGAUGUCAAAACUCCUUGGAAAAAGGUUGAUUUCGUGUCAAAUUUCAUAGAAAGCAUAGCAGGUUUCGAUCCAUCGCUAUAUGUACCAACUUUGGAAGCUAUCUUUGGCCUUGGCGAUUUUGAUGAGAGUGAGAAGAGAACAGACAGAGAUAUAUAUGACCAUGCAUUGUGUCAAUUGCCACUAGAACCUACAUCAACUGACUUUAUCAACUUUAACAUUGUAAGCAAAAAGUACUCGCCGCGGGUGGCUUCACAUUACGCUCAUUAUGAAAAGAUAAAACAACAAUAUGGAGCAAGAUUAAGGACCCAAUGUACUAGUGACUCGUUUGGCAAUGAAGUUGAGACAAAGAAUGGGCUUGUGCCAGCAUGGGUCUUGUACAAUGACAGGAUAUAUUGUUCAGUUAAUGAUUUAUUUGCACUUCAGACAGACAAAUCUAAUCAAGAGAUAUCGCUGAUUGACAGAGUGAUUGGUGAUAAUGCUGAAUCUCCCUUGUUGGUGUUUUAUGGCGACCCAACUGUUGUCCAAACAAAGGAAUUUCUCAAGGUUUUGUACGAAGAAGCUCGCAAUGGAAAAUUGAGGUUUGUUUGGAGAUACAUCCCGCUGGUUAGUAAACAAACAGACACACUCCCCGGAUAUACAGUCGAACUUCCAAUGGAAGAUGCCGAAUAUAGAAGUGGGCCUCAGUAUGAAUUGAACAAAAAUUUCGAUCUGAUAAACAAUUCCACAGCCGUUUCAAAAGUUAGUGGGAAUGUCGAUGACUUAGGUCUCAAGCUUACCUCCUUUGCUUUAUCAAAUAGGAUUAAAAUAGCAAAGUUUGAUUUGUUACAAACGAUAUUGAACAAUAUGCCAAAAUUUUAUUCCUACUUGAACAAAUUACCCGAGCUGAUCAAUUAUAAAAAGGUUAAAUCCAAAGUUCUAGGAAACGAACAGAUGGGACUAUCAACAGACUCUUCUGGCAUCUAUAUAAACGGGUCUCCGAUUCAUCAAUUAGAAUUGGAUGUGUAUAAACUUGCAGAGAAGAUUAGUGGCGAAUUAGCUUUGAUCCAGGAUCUUGUAAAGCUUGGGUUCAAUUCAGUUCAGUCAAAACUCCUUUUGUCCAAAUUUGGAUUACUUUCCGCCGUUAAGCAAGCUCAGUUCAGGACCGGUAACACUUUAAUGGGCAAUAAUGAGAACAGGUUCAAAGUAUUCAAGAAUUCUUUUGAUAGCAAAUCCCCUUCUGAAGGUGGUGUUUUGUUUAUAAAUGACAUUGAGCAUGAUGGGAAUUACGAAAAGUACUCGACAGACCGCGAGGACACUUAUCUCGGUGUUGAAUCUCGCAAACUCAAGCCCAACCAAAUCCCUCCUUUAAAGGAAAACAUUCAUGAUAUUGUAUUUGCCCUUAACUUGGCAAAUAAACAACAAUUAAAGACAUUUUUCACAUUCUCAAAAAUUAUAUUGGAUACAGGUAUUCCUCAGCAAAUUGGAAUUUUGCCGAUAAUUGGCGAAGAUCCUUUAGAUGAGCAACUAGCAACGCGUAUUUUCCACAUUGCUGGGUUACUGGGUUCAAAAGAAGCACUCGCAUUGCUUUACAAAUACUUGGAAUCACCUGGACCAGACGAAACUGAAAAGCUAUUGGAGAAAAUAGCUGUACCCCCAAGCUUUCUGGUGAACUUUGAUGCGGUGUUGGCCAAAUUUUCUAUACAACAACCUUCCGUCAUUGUUAACGGUGUAAUUCAUGACUUUUCUUCCACGUCAAACUGGCAAAUAUCUAUGAGCAAACAAAUUGAACAAGAUAUUGCACUCAUCAAAAAUCAAUUGAAACUGGGGUCGGUGAAUGGCAAUCUCAAGGAUAUCGUGUACAACAAUGCCAAGCUGGAACGAAAUUUACGUAUUCAUCCAUUGGACCCUAGUGAUAUUAUCUACAAAAGGGUUGACCAGGACUUAGUGAGGAACUCGAUAGCAUUUAAAAAGAUUGAUAAAGAUUUAGAGAACCACGCCACUGUUUGGCUAGUAUCUGACUUUAGUGACAAGAACAUGGUAGAUCAACUUAUAAACUUGUUGAGGCUUAUGAAACGGAGCUCAGUACAGGUAAGGGUGGUCAAUAUGGGGAAUUCGAAGAUAUUUUCCAGGUUGGUGGAAAAAGUAAAAUUGACAACAUUGACAAACUCGAGAAUUGAGAGUGUUAUCUCGAUAUUACAAGAAGGAGAUCUAUCAACAGAUUUAGAUAACAAGGUUUUAGGUAUGUUGAAACAAAAGCAUAUGCCAAUAAGGCAUUCAUAUUUGUUGAUAAACUCGAGGUACAUCAGAUUAGACCCUGUAAUCUUGAGCCGGGAAGAGUUGUCACAGCUAAUUGAAUACGAGCAAAGUCAAAGAUUGCGAUUGAUAAAUGAGAUUAUUCUCACAUAUGUCGAUGAGUUUCCACAGAGCUUAUACGAAUAUAACCUGCUUGUAUCUGGUCUAGACGGCAUGGACUGGUUUGAUUUGGUUUCCAGUAUAAUUACAAAAUCGUUUCAUGUCGAUGACAAAGCGUUUCUCACCGAUGUCAACAGAUUUGAUUUUGCCUCCAUAGACAUGUCCAACCUGAUAGAUUAUGCACAAUAUGACGUGUCGAAACCUGUUGACAUAUUAGUUAUCAUGGAUCCACUUAAUAAAAAAUCACAAAAACUAAUCAAUAUACUUGAUGCAGCCAAAGACUUUUCAUUUGUUAACGUGAGAAUUCUACUUCAGCCAAAAUCCGAAUACAAGCAUGAAGAGUUGACGGACCGGUUUUACAGAGGUGUAUUCUCUCCUUCUGUACCCCAAUUCAAAGGAAAUGGAAAUUGGAAUGACAGGUGUUUAGCAAACUUUGCUGCAUUACCCCCGGCAAAAUAUUCUAUUAAUAUAGAUAUACCUAAACGAUGGGUAGUGGUUGCAGAGAGUUCGCCAUUGGACAUUGAUAUUAAUAACUUCAGAUUGAAUGAGAGCCCAAUAUCCGUGUCAUUCGAAUUGUCUAAUCUACUCAUAGAAGGGUACGCCAGAGAUGUGCUAACUGGUAGAGCUCCUAAAAACUUGCAGUUGCAGAUCUCUGAUGGAGCAUAUACUGAUGAUACUUUGGUGAUGACAGCUUUAAAUUAUUUCCAGCUAAAGGCGUUACCUGGUGCUUAUUCCUUCACUAUCAAGUCAAAUCAUUCAUUGUUAUCAGCUUCAGACAAUAAGUUCGACCCUAAUAUUGAUGAAAUUGACGCAGUUCCCGUUUCUGUAUUCACCUUGGAUGGCGUUACACUCCAGGCGAGGGUUAGCUCGAAUAGGGAGAGAUUUACAGAGAGAAAAAAGCAUGCCGAUAUCAAUAUUUUUACUAUCGCCGGUGGCCACCAAUAUGAAAAACUUGUUAGCAUCAUGAUAGCGUCGGUAAAAAAGCAUAACCUGCAAAAGCUGAUCAAAUUUUGGAUCUUAGACAACUACAUCUCACCACAAUUCAGAGCGUUGGCCACAUUAUUGGUUAAGAAAUACGAUAUUGAAAUUGAGUUGAUAACUUACAAGUGGCCCAAUUUUUUACGGAAACAGAAUAGCAGACAAAGGGAAAUCUGGGGUUACAAGAUCCUCUUUCUUGAUGUUCUUUUCCCACAGGAUCUAGAUCGCAUUAUAUUCAUUGACGCUGACCAGAUAUGUCGUACUGAUCUCAGUGAGUUGGUAACCAUGGAUUUAGAAGGUGCUCCUUAUGCAUUUACACCAAUGUGUGAUUCCAAUAAAGAGAUGGAAGGGUUCAGAUUUUGGAAGCUGGGUUAUUGGUCUGAGGUACUACAAGGUGAUUUAAAGUACCACAUCAGUGCUUUGUAUGUUGUUGAUUUACCCAAGUUUAAACACUUGGAAGCUGGCAAUAGACUACGUGCUCAUUAUCAGAAAUUAUCAAGUGACCCAAACUCAUUAAGUAAUUUGGAUCAAGAUUUACCUAAUAAUUUACAAAGACUGAUCAAGAUUAAAAGCUUACCACAAGAAUGGCUCUGGUGUGAAACCUGGUGUUCUAGUGAAACAUUUGAUGAAGCGAAAAUGAUUGAUUUAUGUAAUAAUCCAGUAACGAAAGAGGAUAAAUUAGAUACUGCAAAGAGGUUGAUUCCGGAAUGGGUCAGUUAUGAAAAAGAAGUGCUGACUUUGCUUGAGCAAAUAGAAAGCACUAUUUCCAAGGAAGAGGAAGAGGAAGAGAUGAAGGAGGCUGCCAAUGGCAGUUUGCACUUCGAUGAUGAUGAGGACGAUGAUACCUUAUACCAUGAUGAGUUGUAG